UUUACUUCCGUUCAGUUGAGCGGACGUCAGUCCUCGGCAGCUGAGUGAUUUGCUCGUCUCCGGGCACGCCCGGUUUGCUGACGGCCGGAUGACGUGGGCCACGACCCUCGACGGCUGCCGGCCGGGCGAGGCUCGGUUCCGACUCCAGAGGCAGGGGGAGGACGUGUCGGCAGUGUGACCAAGUGACCCAGAAUGCCUGUCAAGACUGUCUGGAGAAGACUGAAACGCCCUUCCGCUCACCAAGGAGCACCUUACAUGGGAUAUGCUGGACGGCACGUGCCAUAAUGACCGUGGGAGACCGCCCUCAUCGGUGCGACCACAAACGUUUAGUCGGCAACCAACGCAGUCGGCGGGGCGAGGCGGAAGGGCCGCUCUCCGUGCCGUCGUACCGACGCAAGGCCGCUCAUGGCCAGGCGCCGGCGGCUGCAGGCGGCCCCUGGUGACGUCACCGGUCGGCGCCGCCUGGCGACGGCGUCCAGCGGCUCCCAAACCGGCGGCGCGCCGCCCGCAGACGAGCGCCGGCCGUGUCGGAGUGAGGGGCGCGCGCGGCGGACAGAGCAGUGAGCCAGAGCCGGGCGCAGAGGAAGAGCUGUGGGUGAACUGAGCAGCGCGGGGGGCGCGGCCGGACAGGCGGGCGUGCGGGCCGACAGGACAGGGCGUGGACCGGUGACGGCGGCGGCCGCCAUGGCUGGAGAGUGGGACGGAGGCGGGGGAUCGCUGGGACUACUCGGCAGGACGAACGGAGCCGAGCCGCCCCACCUGACAGCCGCCAGGACCCGGACGAGAAAGGGCCGACUGGACGUCAAAAAACGACCCCUGACGGCCCGCACGCUGCUGGCGGUACUGGGCCGGCCCGGCGGCGGCCGCGGCCACACUGCUGAACAGACUGAUCAGCGCGAGCGAGCCACCGGCCGCCGGCCGGCCCGCCGAGCCGCCGCCGCCGCCGCCGACUCCGUCACCGGGGCGACAGGAGCCGCCCCCUCGCGCGAGUCCAGUCCGGGCCGCAGCCCGUCGGCGUGCACGGGUCCUCCGUCGCCGACGGGCAGCCCGUCGGAGGCCUUACAGCGCCGGCUGCGGCGGCUAGACCGAGCCAAACUCUACCUGCUGGAGCAGCCGGGACCGCACAGCUUCCUGCUGGCCACCGACACGCCCGGACACAAGUACCGCGUCACACUGGGACCGCAGAGCUGCUCGUGUAGCCGGUCCCCGCUCUGCGUUCACCUGCUAUUUGUGAUGGUGCGCGUCCUACGACUACCUCUCACCGACUACCGUAUCACCUGCCACACACUCAAGACACACGAGGUGGAGGCGCUUCUACAGACAUACCGCCGCCGUCGACUAUCGCGGGCUUCAACACUGCCCUGCGGCGACACGCCGACCCCCAACGACUCGACCAGCAGCAGCGAGGAGCGGCGCUGCCCGAUCUGCCAGCUGCAGAUGACCGGCGAGCAGAGCCUGGUGCGCUGUGAGGACGGCUGCCACAGCUUCCUGCACCACCGCUGCAUGUCGGUGUGGACGGUGGAGGCGGCCGGCCGGCAGGAGGCCGCCUGCUGCCCUCUCUGUCGCGCCGCCUGGCCCGGGCCGCUCACGCCGCUGGUGCGCGGCGUGUGGUCGGGCGCCGCGUCGGCGGCCGACACUGCGGCGGCAGCGGCGGCGCUGUCGCCGCCCGGCUCCGGCACACCGUCCUCCUCCCCGAGCACGCCGAGCGCGGCGUCCCCGCCGUCCUUCAGCUCACCGACUCCCACCUCGUCCACCGCCAACACCCCGAGCACGCCGAGCGCCGCGGCGCCGCCCGGCGUCGGCGGCCACCACCCCCAGCCGCACUCUCACGCCUCAACACCGACCUCGGCGCUGCUCUCCUCGCUGCCCGCCACACACACGGCCGGCGCCGCCUCGCCGCCGGCCUCCCCGCUGGUGCCGCGCGCGCGUACCGCGCUGGCCGGCCUCAGCUCGCCGGCAGGAGACCGUGCCCACCGGCGCGGCUCCGUGGAGCCAGAGUCAGCCCGCAGCCCGCUGCUGGGGCGGCGCGCGGCCGGGCGCGGCUCGCUGCGGCGCGCCACCGUCCGCCUGGAGCGACUGGAGAGCGUCGAGCGCCGCCAGCCCUGGAGCCAAGUGCUGGGCCGCGACCUGGUGCACCUCGUCUUCAGCAGGGACUGGCAGAUCAGAGACAAUGGGAUAAGCCGACUUGCUGAAGCGUUGAGCCACAUGGUCGAGAGCCCCGGCGGCCGGUCGGCGGCCGAUCUGGUCCACCAGGUCGCCGACCUGCUGGCUGUGCUCUGCGCAGACCCCGUCUACAAGGUCUUCUACGGAGCCAUCAAAUGUCUGCACGUGCUGCUGCGGAGUGUGACGUGCUGUUCGCCAGAGGAGGCGGCCGAGCUGCGGAACUCGCUGACGCCGCUGGUGGACGCGCUGCUGCUCCGCUCGACGGACGCCAACCGCCGCGCCGGCCAGCUGAGCGCCUGGACGCUGGCCGAGCUGGUGCGCGGCCCGGCCGGCCAGCUGCUAGCCGCCGAGCUGGACGGCCUGCAGCUGGUGCUGGACCGGCUGCUGCAGGAGUGCCGCUCCGGCGCCGACUCGUGGCAGUGGUGUCUGGGCCGGCUGCUGGUCGCCGACCAUCUGGUGGACCAGUUCCGGGAGCGGUUCAGCGCGCUGGACCCCGAGAGCGCCGGCCGCGUGGUACGGCUGGCAGAGUUCGCCCACCGCGCGCUCACACACCCGCACGCCACAGUCACUCAGCUGGCGCACCGGGUGUUUGUCCAAAUGGCGCUGGCCGCCCGCGCCUCGCCGGCCGCUCACGAGCACAUCGACGCCCUGCUGGCGGCGCUAGACCCGGAUGUCCGUCUUCGGCUGGCGCGCCGCAUCCGAGGCGAGAGCGGCGCGCGGCCGGCGCGGCGCGGACGGCCGGCGGCGGGCUCGGCCACGCCGCGGCAGCCGCCGCCGGAGGAGCCGCCGGCGCCCUCCUCAUCCGGCGGCCGGCGCCCCCGGCCCACCUACCUGCCACUCGACUCUGGCGCCGCGCUCAAGAGGAAGUGUUCGCCACUGCGACCGCCAGCCGCCGGCGACCGGGGCGCCGCACUGCGGCCGCGCCACGCGGCGUCGGCAGCGCCGCCCGGCGGCCACCCCGUGUACCUGCCGACGGCUAUGGAACUGGGCGAGGAGCCGCCCGUGCCGGGCUACCUGACCGCCGCCGCCAACUCCGUGAAGGACAUCGUAGUGCACCCUCAGACACAAAAUAUGGAGGGCGGUACAUGUGACACCUACACGGAGGAGCUGGACUGGCGGCGCGGCCCGCUGCUCGGCACGGGCAGCUUCAGCACCUGUUACCAGGCGCGCGACCUGCGCUCCGGCCACCUGAUGGCCGUCAAGCAGGUGCAGCUGUCGACAGAGGCGGGCAGUGCCGACGAGCAGACGCUGCUGCAGGAGGUGCGCCUGCUGGCGCGCCUGCAGCACCCGCACGUGCUGCGCCUGCUGGGCGCCACCCGGCGGCCCGGCCUGGUCAGCCUGUUCACCGAGUGGGAGGCCGGCGGGUCGGUGGCCGGCCUGCUCGAGCAGUACGGCCCGUUCGAGGACGACGUCAUCCGCCGCUACACGUGCCAUCUGGUGGACGGGCUGGCCUACCUGCACGACAACCACAUCCUGCACAGGGACCUCAAAGGAGCGAACCUGCUGGUGGACUCGAGCGGUGUGACGCUGCGGAUCGGCGACCUAGGCACGGCCGCCGAGCUGGGCGCCACGGCUACCCUGAAGGGCGAGUUUUCGGGCCAGCUGCGCGGCACGGUGGCCUUUAUGGCGCCCGAGGUGCUGCGCGGACAGCACUACGGCCGCUCGUGCGACGUCUGGAGCGUGGGCUGCUGUGUCAUAGAAAUGGCCACCGGCCGGCCGCCCUGGGACGCGCACACGUGCAGCAACCACUUCGCGCUGCUCUUUAUGAUCGCGAACAGUCCGAAGCCGCCGGAGGUUCCGGCCCGGCUGCCGGACGAUCUGCGCGAGCUCGUCUCCGACUGCCACCGGAUGGACGGCGAAAAACGGCCGGCCACGCGAGCCCUGCUCGACUACCCGUGCUUCAAGACGGUGCCCGACCUCUAACGCACCGACCGCCUAGCCGCCGCCGCCGGUAGCGCCGCCUGUCCUCUCGAGUUCUCACUCGCUGUAUCUAUACAUAAUUAAGUACAAACGUUGAGUUCAUUCCAAAGAGGCGUUCAGUUGACUGGCACGAGCUUCUGGUCUAGUUCAAGCGAGUCCACCGAGUGAGAGGAUCGCGCGCCGCCGACCUGCGACCCAGCUCGGCAGGCAGGGCGCUGGGUAGUGGUGACCACGCAGUCCGUCAGGCCGUAUGGUAGUCUAUGACAAGGUCAUUAUCGCCGGGCGGUUCUUGUAUCAGCCGGCGGGUUCGCCGCGGCGGCCGGAGUCUGAGUCGACGCCGGCGUGCCGUAGCCCCCGCCCGGCCUAUUUAUUUAGUUUUUACGGGCAGGAGGCGGCGCCGUCGCCCGAGCCAGGGCGGCGGCGGGUGGGUAGUGCACGCGAACCGGCCGCCUCCUGCCCCGGCUGGUCUCGUUCCGUGGCGCCGUCGCACCGGCGUUCACGCAGUUCUAAGUUAUCUACCGGAGCUCCGAGUGUAGCGCCGCCCCCUCUGUCGGGGCGGCGCGUGCCGAGAGUACCGUGCGUUGUACUUACGUUAGUUUUAGUGGGCGUUGCCGCCGCCGCCGCCGCCGCCGCCGCUGCCUCCGUUUCGUCACGGUUUUGUUCGGGCGGCGCGGCCGGCCCUGCCAUGGGACCAGCGAUGAGUGUCUGUGUCGCCUGUGUGACGAGUGCCAAUACAACACGAAAGGGUG